AUGACUUCAAAUGGAUGUUGGGCAUUUGAUCCAAGCUUUGUCAUGGUCAUGUUGGUGCUAUUAUGCGGUAGAGCCAUAGCUACAACAGGGUGCAAAAGUGCAAUCAUAAGCUUAAGCCCGUGCAUCAACUUUGUGUGUGGGAGUUCAACGACCCCAUCAUCUACUUGUUGCACACAACUAGCCAACGUCGUCGAGUCACAACCACGGUGUCUUUGUAAAUUGAUUAGUGGUGGACCCCCUUUGACCGGUUUCACAGUUAACAAGACUCUAGCUUUGGAGCUGCCACAUGCUUGUAACAUCCAUACACCCCCGGUUAGCCGUUGCGAUGGAAAUGUGUCACAGACCGUGCCGGCCGUGCCACCCACGACAUCUGAAGGAACUACGAUUACAUUUUCGUUUUAUUUUGUUUAUGUUGUUUUUAUCUUGGUUGCCUCAAAUCUGUGUGUUUGA